AUGACCUUACGGGCUGUGCCCAGCGUGUUGGGCAAGCGGGGACUGACGGAGGUCUAUGGGUUCCCCUUGGUAUCGUCCAUCCCGCGCUUCCCUCUCAGCUCUGGCAUCCGACACUACGCUACAGUAGAAGAAGACAGAGCAAGAUCGGACGGCCCACCCCCCGGCUUCGAUGCAGCCAAAGCGAAACAGAGUCCCAGUGAGACUCCUUCGAAGUCGUCGUCCCCCGCAAGCAGCUCCAGAUCUUCCGGCAAGAAGCUCUCAAGCGACGGCUCCUCCAGACCCUCAUCUACUACAUCUGGUACGACUGACUGGGAAGAAAACCCCGAUCUUAGCAUAUCCAAGUUCUCCGAGCUGCCGAGCAGGGACUUCGGUGUCAAUCAGCACAUCAUCAUAAACGAGGAGUUCAAGGAGGCAUUGAGACAAAUACUGUGGAAAUUUCGGGCGCCAAUACGCUACGCGUUCGCCUAUGGCUCCGGGGUCUUCCCUCAAAGCUCAGGAGGGACUGGAAGCGGAGGAAGUUCCAAAGUACAUCCGAAUCCACCCGAGGCCGUUGCCAAAGUCCAGGAUGGGAACCAGAAGAUGAUUGAUUUCAUAUUCGGAGUUUCGUACACUCAGCAUUGGCAUUCGCUGAAUCUUCAAGACAAUCGAGACCAUUACUCCUGGGUGGGCUCUUUGGGAUCUUAUGCUGUCACUAAAAUCCAGGACUCUUUCGGCGCAGGCGUAUACUUCAACCCUUAUAUUACGGUCAAUGGGACUCUGAUCAAGUAUGGCGUGGUCAAUCUGGAUACUCUAUGCAGAGACCUGUCAGAAUGGGACACCCUCUACCUGGCAGGCCGCCUUCAGAAACCCGUCAAGAUUCUGCGAGACAAUCCGGCCGUCCGACUAGCCAAUCAGGUCAAUCUGAUCGCCGCCGUCCGCACAGCGCUUCUUCUGUUACCACCUGAGUUCACCGAGAAAGAGCUCUACUCGACCAUCGCCGGGAUCUCGUAUAUGGGCGAUCCCCGGAUGACAAUCGGUGGUGACGACCCCCGCAAAGUGCAGAACAUUGUUACACAUCAGUUACCGAACUUCCGCCGUCUCUACGCUCCCUUGAUUGAUAACCUUCCGAAUAUCACCUUUAACGACCCUGCCUGCUCGGACCGGGACUGGCUGAACAAUCCAGAUGUCAAUGCAAAACUUGCCCAAAACAUGGAUCCAGUGACUCGAGGCCAUAUGGUUCGCCGCUUACCCAAUGCCUUCCGGAAGAAGUUGUACUUCGAAUACCAGUCCAAGUUCAGGAUCCCAAGAGGAGAGUUCAACAAAAUGCUCGAGGAGACCAAAGACGAGGAUCCGGAUCGAAUUCGUCGACGAGAGGGUGGGGCGUUUGAACAACGCAUCGCACAAGACACGGAAGGCGGUGGUCUAAGGGAAGAGGUCAAACAGGUAAUCGAGCAUACAGUCCGGUGGCCGAGUUUCAUGCAAAGCCUGAAAGGACCCGUCACUGCAGGCUGGUCGAGAAGUUUGAGAUACGCCAGGGAAAAAAGAGAGAAGGCGAAGAAGGGGGCUCAGGCGCAGUCGGAGGCUGACAAAGAAAAGAAAGAAUAG